UCUCCAUAUAUUAAAUCAUCUCAAUCCUGAUGAAAAUGACUGGCUUAAAAUAAAUGAGUUGAUUGAUGUUUUAUCACCAUUUUAUUCAGCAACAUUACUGCUUUCAUCAUCCAAUUAUUCUACAAUUGGAGAAUUUCAUUUUACACUGUGGACACUAGUGAAAAACCUACAUAAACAGAUAGAAGUUGGCAAUACACAAUAUAUAGUAGCAAACUCAAUUUUUACAACUGAUGAAAUUACAAGAACAGUAACUGCAAUAAAACGUAAAUUAAUUCAUUACAACUCAAGUCUUAACAUUAAUAACAAUAAUGCAUCAACUAUCACCACCAAUAACCAAACAUCACCAUCACAAAUAAUUAAAAAUAGAAUUGAUGCACGUGCACAUAUAAGAAGUUUAGCUAGUUCAGGAGCUAAGGUUUCGGGAGAAAUACAACUAUUUUUCCCAAUCCCAAAUCUGAAACUAACUUCGCCAAAUAUUAAAAUUUCCGAAAUAUCCGAAGCCAUGUAA